UAUUUCCUUUUUCUGGGAUUGAGCUAGCUGUCCCUGAUCGCUUCCUUCUUCUUCUUGUCUCUUGGCCCGAGUUUUGUUCUUCAUUUCCUUUGUUCUUUAUUGCGUGUUUUUAUAGAGAUCUGAGAAGAAAUCAUAUCAUCUUAAGAGAUGACUGCGGCUCCAGAAGGUGAAAGUGUUACCCUUGAUCUUCUCAAGAAGAAGAUGACGGAGUUCGCCAGGGAAAGAGAUUGGGAGCAGUUCCACAGCCCAAGAAACCUCCUUUUGGCUCUGGUGGGUGAAGUUGGAGAACUCUCUGAGAUAUUCCAGUGGAAAGGCGAGGUUCCAAAAGGACUGCCCGAUUGGAAAGAAGAGGAGAAAUUGCAUCUGGGUGAAGAGCUUUCAGACGUUCUGCUCUACCUCGUGCAGCUCUCUGACAUCUGUGGCAUUGAUCUUGGCAGAGCUGCGCUUCGAAAGGUCGAACUCAACGCCAUCAAAUACCCAGUUUCAAAGAAGCAAAGCCAGACAAACAUCACUAGCAGUAGCAGCGGCAAUAAUGGCGCCGGGAGUAGUUGAUUUUUCUCUGUAUAAAAAGCACCCAAACAUAUGAAAUACAUAAAAUAUUGAUUGAGGUGGAUGGGUGUUUUAGGUGUUGUAGGGGUUCAGGAUGCUAGGGACUCAUGAUAAAAAGCUUUGUAGGAAUGGUGGGUUCUUCUCUGCAGGUUUCACUGCAUGGAGGCUAGUUUGGGUGCAUGUUUGGCAAUUAUUCUCGCAGAUUUACUGUUUUGGCGUGAUGAAUCAAAUCCAUCUGACAGACAGAUAUGGCAGUGAUAUCGUUUCUAUUUUUCCAA